AAUUAUUAGAAAAUUUAUUUAAAGGUAAAUUUUACAAAAUAUUUAAAUUACAAUAGAUUUUUCAAAAAAUAAAAACAAAACGAAAUGUAGAAAAGUGUUAUGGGGUAAAGCGCUCUGGAUGCAAAAUACAGAGAAAUGGAUUAUGAAAGACAUGUGAAGAAGAUUACUAAUAUUAUAGAAUCUAAAAAAGCAUAGCUAACGAGCAAUUAAAUUGCAGAAUUUAAAGAAUCUUUUAUGAAUGCGAAAUCAGUAAAUAUUAAAUUUAAUGAUGUAAGUAGAUAACAAUAGAUUAACUAGUAAAAUGAAGCUAUGUUAUGUAAGUUGAUUGAAAUAUCUUAAGGAAAAUGCUGCUUUUUAAACUAACCUUAGUUUUCGAAUAAUACUACUCCAACUUCUCAGCAAUAAAAACCUCUUCAUUUACCAUACAGAUAAGAAAAGUUAAGAUAAAUUGAUGAAGAAAAUAAAUAACUUGCCAAAAGAUUAAUUGAGUAAAAAUCAUUUAUAAACCGCUAAAAAUUGCAAAAAGAUAUUAGCCAAUAUGAAAAACUGAAAAAGCAUAUGCAGAAAUUUAAAUCCUUAGGACACAUAUCUUAAAAACCAACUAAAUUACCUCCUAUCCUCAACAAAAAAACUGUUUUUACUGGAAAUCUUGAAUAAAAUGCUACCUUGGUAUAAGAAACUAAAAAUAAUUAUCUAGAGUAGAGAUAACAAUAAAAAAAGAUUGUCUAAGAUUACUUCUUAGAAGAUAGAGGAAGCUAUUCUAAUAGAAAUUAAGAUUAAAGUAAAAUUAAAUAAAUUAAUGAAAAUUAAUCUUAUAAAUAGGGAGCUCAUGAUAAUAAUCAUAUAUCUUAUUCAGAAUAAAAGCAAAAAUAAAAAUAAGAAGAAAAGAAUAAUGAAUCUCAUCAUGAUAAUACUAAAAAUCAUGAUGAAUAACGUAGGCACCAUGAAACAGAAAUUAAUCAUAAUAAUAAUGAGUAGACUAAUAAAAAUUCUUAAAACAGUAAGAGUACAAGUCAUCAUAAUGAUAAUUAAAAAGAUAAUAAUAUUAAGGAACACAAUAUAGACAAUCACAAUGAAUCACAUGAAAAUCAUAAAUAAUAAACAACCUAAAACCACUAAGUAAAAAAUAAUGAGCAUCAAGAAAAAAACUAAGAAGAAAGCAGUAAAUAAAACAAAGAAGAGGAACAUCAACAAUCUAAAAGUAAAGAAGAUUAAAUGCAUAAAGACUAAGACCAUCCAAAACAAGAAUAAUCAAAUUAAGAAAAUAAGAAAGACGAAAAUCAUAAUGUACCAAAUGAAAAUAAUGAAGUACAACAUGAAUAGUAAAAAGUGGAUGAGUAAACAAAUACAAAGCAAGAAAAUGAAAAUCACCAUGCAGAAAAAAGCCAUCCAAAAAUUGAGUAAAACGAAGAUAAAAACAAUUAAAAAGAAGAUGGAGAUAAUAAUCAUCAUAAUGAAGAAAAUUCUCCAUAAAAAAAAGUUAAUUCAUUAACACAUAUAGAAGAAUAAGGAAAAUAAGAUGCUUCUAAGUCAAAAAGCAAAGUCGAGCUAGAUUAAGAACACUAAUAAAAGAGCAAAAACGAGAUAAAAUAAGAAAACUGA